AUGGACAAAGCCAGCAGAAAUUCCCAGCACGCAGCGACGCAAGGCGUCACGCUUGCAGGUCCACGCGAGGCUCUUUCCGGCCUUCUUCGUCACGCUCAGAAGCUCGCUGAAAGGAACCCAGCCUGCAAGACAGAGGGACCUGCGGGUCAGCAGCAGCAGCAGCAGCAGCAGGAGCCGAUCCGAUGGCUGCAGACGCAGCUCCAAUCGUUUCAGCAUCGUGUGAAUCAGAUUCAGCAGAGCUCCCCUCGGAUUCAGGGUGGUGACGCUCACGAUGAUAGAUCCGAUCGGCAUUUUUCCGUUGAGGAACGCCAGAGCGUUCCGUUAAAGCUCCGUCAAGCCGCUGGAGGGUGGUUAAGGGACAGACAGAGGGACGUUGCCUUGCUCAUUGAGGGUUUCCCGCAGGAGGCCGGAAGGCUGCUGGGAGGAGUUACUGGGGGGCUUGACCCGAUCGGCGACAGCGUCGGCGACAGUUGUAACAAUGUCGCCGACGCGUCGUUGCUCCCCUUUCGCCACAAUUUCGCGUCCAUCACGGCGUCUUUUGCGGGGAGAUUCGGCGACGCUGCUGCUGUGGAUCCAGCGGAUCAGCGGCUGGCUUCGUUACAGUCACCUUCCGCAUCAGAUCUCGCAUCUACCGCCGAAUCCGCGUCUGCCCCAGGAGCGGAAAGUUACGGGUUCGAAUCUCCCGCGAGGCACAUUUUCGACAUUGCCAUGUCGGCGGACCAAGUAGCGAAGCGGUUGGAUGGUGUACCCGUGUACACUGUAACUAACACUGCAAGCGAGUUCGUGCUUAUAUCGGAUAUGGGAGGGAACAAGUCGCUGGGGCUGUUCUGCUUCAGGAGAGAAGAUGCUGAAAUGCUGCUGGCACAGGUGAAGGACCGCGAGCCGUCACUUGGGCGUGGAGCAAAAGUGGUGCCAGUUUCGCUUGACAAGGUGUACCAACUGUCAGCCGAGGGGAUUGCAUUCCGUUUCCUGCCUGACCCCACUCAAGUCAAGCACGCCCUUCAGGUCUUGUCGGCAUCUGGAGAGACAGCACGAGCAUUUGACGGGGUUCCCGUCUUCCAGUCGGAGAAUCUCAUCCUUCGCAGCAAGAACAGGCGCUUCUGCCCCGUCUUUUUCAACAAGGAGGAUUUGGAUGCUGCGCUGAAGAAGGCCAUCAAACAGAAGCAGGCAGUGAACCCUAACAUGCGAGUCACCAACAACAUACAGGUUGGCAGCUUUGAGGAAGUACUCAAAAUGCUUGAGCGGAACGACGAGGACUCGUUGUGGGGUGAUCUGCUCUUUAUCCCACCAGGCAUGGAUGCGGAGGGGUUAUUAGGCAAGGCGGUGGCAGCAUCGCCACCGCAACCUCCUGUCCUCUGCUAG